UUUUUCAGAUGGAACAAAUAAAACGGGCAAAUAAACUGUUCACUAACGACUGUAUAUUUCUGAGGAAAACCCUGAAUAUACCUGUUAUAUCAGAGAAACCUUUACUGUUCAAUGGACUUAAUUCAUUGGAGUCUCCUGAAAAUGAAACUGUUGAGAGCUCCCCUUCUUGUGAUGAAGGACUCACCACAAUAGAAGAUGACAGUAGUUCUUCUCCCAGCCCUCAAGAGCCUGACAAUCAGCCUGUUGCACCAGAAGAACUAUCUGCCAAAGACUUUCUACAGAGAUUGGACUUGCAGAUUAAAUUAUCCAAACAAGCAGCCAGAAAACUAAAAGAUGACACUGUCAGGUAAAUAUCACUUACAAUAUUCAGCAUCUUAAUUUCAUCCUGAA